AUGAGUUCUUGGAUGAAUGAGGCAGCUACUGUCCAGAACCAUAAUGGCAACAACCCAUUCCCUCACAUGAACGAUCCCAACAGUCUCGGUGGAAAUCCGACAAUGAUGGAUCCUGCCGCAUUUAUGGCCAAUCCAGGCCAGUUCAAUCCUGCCGCUGCCCAGUUCGCCAAUCCACAACAAAUGGCAGCCGCGAUGCAAAAUGGCCAGAUGCGCAAUGCGUCGCCCGGCUUUCAAAACCCUGUAUAUCAGACCAACUCGGUCGUUCCUUCGAAAAGGCCGCGCCCGCGAGAUGACAGUAUGGGCGCGUCACCAAGACAAAAUCCCGGCAUGCUUCCGACGUCGCGCGCUGACACGCCUCAGCAAUCGCAGUUUCCAGGCGGGUUUCAACAAAAUGCCAUGGGACAACCUUCUGCUCAAUCUCAACAAUACCCUCAUUUACAACCUAAUGGGUCGGCAAACGCGUCGCCGUCACCCGUAAUGGCCGGGAACCAAUUGCGACCUGGUAGUGUGCCUCAACGCGUCAACACGGCGUCUCCACAUCCUUUUUCACCGGCUUCGCAACAAUUUGGACCUCAAGCAUCACCGGUACCAUCAGAACAUGGCGGUACGCCUCAGCCAAAUCCCUACAUGCAACCCCAAAAUUUUCCGCAAGGGUUCAACCCCAACUAUACGCCGUCGCCGUCGCCCGCACGACCCCCUUCGACCCAAAACCCCAUGGCACCUCAAAUGAUGGCGCAACAGAUGGCGCAGAUGCCGCAGCAGAUGCAACAGCAGAUGCAGCAGAUGCAUCCUAAUCAGAUGGCCCAGAUGCAGCAGAUGCAGCAGUUACACCAGCAGAUGCAACAAGCUGGGCGUAGUAUGGAUCCUGCGCAACAACAGAAGAUGAUGUAUCAGAUGCAGCUUCAGCGUCAGCUUCAGCAGGGUAACAUGUCUGGAAAUAUGGCAGGUAAUAUGGCCAUGGCGGCGCAAAUGCAGGCGGCACAAGCUGCGCAAGCUGUGCAAGCUCAGAACAUGGCCGCAGGUCGCGGCAUGAUGCCCACCAAGCCUGGAAUGCCCAUGCCUAACGGGCAGAUGCCUCCCAACAACAUGAAUCCGCAGCAACCUCAGAUACCCAGGGGCACCAAUCCAGACAGCUUCAUGAAGAACCUCACGACAUUUAUGACGGUCCAGAAUCUCCCUUUAGACCCUAAUCCUAUCAUCGAAGGUCGGCCGCUGCAUCUUAUGCAGCUUUUUAUGAUGGUUAGCAAAUUUGGAUUCUACAGAAAUGUCAUGCAGCGUAACAUGUGGUCGCAAGUGUCACAAGCGGUUGGCUUUAAUCCUGUACAAUACCCUUCUGCGCCAAUGCAUAUCAAAACUAUCUACGAGCGAAAUCUGUUGAAGUUCGAGGAGGCAUGGAAAAAACAGAAAGGACAAGGUCAAGGUCAAGGCCAAACUCAGCAGCAGAUGGUGAAUCCUGCUAUGGCUGGCCAGCCCGGUCAAGCAACUCCGCAAAGGAUGGGUCCUCAAGGGCAGAUGCAGCAGCAAGGCCAACAGCCCAUGCAGCCUGGUCAACCGCUCCAGAUGCAACAAGCCCAAACACCGGUCAAGCAGAUGGCCCCGGGCAUGCCACAAGUCAAUGGUUUCUCGACACCCCAGCCAAUAUCACAGCAACCACCAAACAUGGCGCAGGGGCACAUGAGGAACAGCCUCUCAAGAAGCGUUGAAGGGACACCUGUUACAGGCGAAUUUGCCAUACCCUCUCCUUCUGCUAAGCCUGGAAGUAUUUCCAUGCAAAUCCCACCUGGACAAAUACCAGACGGUCUCCCAGCCAACUCCACGGCAGCUUUCCAAGCGCCACCAGUGGUAUCGGAUCCGGACGAAUACAGUGUCUGCUCGCGCGAAAUGAAUCAAGACCUCUAUGGUGGUUAUGACAUGAAGUCCAUCAAGGAACUUGGUGCUCAACUGGAACAAUGGCGUCCCGAUGUUCCACCAGCCUUGGAACUGGGACUGAUAGAUAUCACCGCUCUUACCAGGAGUCUCCAGAGUGGAAUACAUGCUGAGGUGCGUUUAGCAUUGGAUACUCUUGGUACUGUCACACACGAAUCUGGACGAAACAUGACCUUGAUGAUUGAUCUCAGAGGCUGCGAUGAUUUGGUAGAGUCUUUGAUCGAUUGCGCUGAAGAACAGGUCGAUAUACUCGCGGAAGGCACAAAGCCCGUUUCCGAUGAGGUCGACCUGGCAAGCUACGAAGACAUUAUGCGGCAGUGUCGACAAGAACAGCGCUUCCUAAGAAAAGUGAAUGUCUUUGGCGAUGCCGAUUACGAACUCGACCACGCAGCCGACAGGCUGAUAGCCAUAACGACAAUACUGAGGAAUUUAUCUUUCCACGACGGCAAUUUUGAACUCCUUGCCGACGAGGUUGUGAUUAAAUUCCUCUGCAGUACAAUCAGAUCACUCGGAACGCUUGAGACUCUUCUCAGGUCUCCUAAGAACACUCUGGACUUCAUGAAGGAUGUUGUCAUUCUCUUGUCCAACAUCGCUGGGUCCAUAGAGCUGCCAGGCAAAGAGCAGGCCUUCUGCCUCUUACAGUUCCUUCUUGCUUUUGCUCCUUCACCAGCACCGAUGACAAGUUUUGGCAAGAUCUUAUUUCAAUCUUACGAACCGUCUGUCCACGUGUACUUGCCUCAUGCAGUCGAUUCGCUAGCAAAAUUGCUUGCUAGGGACGAACCGAAUAGGACACAUUACAAAGCCAUAUUUGCUGUCGAUGCAGCUUCUUCGCCUCCUUGUGAGCUUCUGACUAGGACAUUUGGUUUGGCCAUUUGUCCUGUCCCAGACCAGAACAAAGAAAGUCGACCCGCCAACCUGCCUUCUUUUAUAGAGUCGCGGAAACCUCUAUUGAUGCAAGGACUCCUUGCUGCAGACAUCAUAGCCUCCCUCGCGCCUGGAUACGAAAGCGGCGUUACUCGCAGCUGGCUCUUGUCAAGCGAAGGCUUCGCUCAGAACCUAUACAAGCUGAUACGCUCUCUCUGCCAGCAAGCUGAGCCCAACCCACCUCCUGGGCGCGGAAACACAAGAGCACAGCCCAAGGAGGAUGCAGAUGUACUGCACAUUAUCAGCUGGGGAGUGUCACUGUUACGGAGGUUGUGUGAGCGGGCUCGCGAUCCGAAUGAUCCUGCCAGCAUCCCCCCCAGUGCCUUGCCAUCAAAGGACAGUCUUUUCAACACUUUCCAGACAUUGAAAGCCGCCAAAUGGGCUUCUCUUUUGGUUCAAUUGAGCUCCUACGCUGGGCUGGAAAAUUAG